AUGGAUGUCAAGAUAAAGAGCGUCCACCUCGUGGCGAAGUGGAUGUGGGACUGCAAGGGCGAAACUUGUGGCAUCUGUCGUCAAGAGUACGAGGCAGCCUGCCCCACUUGCCGCGUGCCGGGCGACGACUGCCCCAUCCUGACGAGCCCCUGCCACCAUACGUUUCACUUGCACUGCAUCACACGGGCCUUGGAGAAGGAGGAGGGCCAGCCCGAGUGCCCGACGUGCCGUGCGCCGUGGCAAAUGUAG